AUGAAUGGAGCGCCUCCAAAAACAGCAGGGAGAAAGAGAUUCCGCCACCCUGCGACCGCGAUAGAGCCGGGCGCCGCCACCUACCAUGCCUCUGAUGCCGCCGUUACGGGCUGGACCACCCCACCCAUUGGCGGUGCUCAGCCGUCGGCAGGGGAAGGAGCAAACACCGAACAACGCUCUUUUUACGCCAUCAAGAACACGCCCUAUUGUGCCUGCGUCUUUUAUGCUAGUGCCAUUGGCGUGGCCGAUAGACUCGUCGGCCUUGGUAGUCGCGGCAAGUGCUACAGAAAGGCGGAAAUGGAGGCCGCCUCUGUGGCUGGUGAAUGCGACGUGGGCCUGCCAAAGACUGCUAUCCGGCACUCUCUUUGCUACUCUAGACGAUUCCGUCUCUGGCACCCCUUGGCUGGCCGUUCCUCGCCGCUGAGAGGAGCAGGCGCGAGGCAGCCCCGCUCGUCGCCGCAUCAGACACCGGACCAGUCGGCCACAUUCACCACCGCCACCUAUGAACCCGAAGCCAUGCGUCCUCUCCCGGCCAAUCGGCAACACCUGCGACGACAAGUCGUGGAGACGAUGCCCCGAUUCGCCCUCUAUAGCACGCGCCACGGACCCGUUCUUAAGCCAACGUCCAGGUACGCCCUCCGCGCCCGGAUCGGUGCUCGUCAGGCUCAGCCCUACCCGCAGGCCGACAGCGCCAGCAUGCGUCCCGUGGCGGGUGUUGCCGAGACUGGGGGCUGUUUGGCUCCUGGCCGCAUCGGGUACUGA